GCGAGUGCUGGUAGAGACCUUCUGCAAAGGUGAAUUGGCUUCGCCUGAGUUUCUUAGCGCACAGGAAGAGCACGUGCGAGAUAUUUUGGCCCAUAAGGGCCUGAACACAUGGUGCAAGAUGCUUUUGCAUGAUAACUUUGUGCAUGGAGACAUGCACCCUGGCAAUAUCCUUGUUGACAUUUCUGACCCCCAUGAUCCGCGCGUGUCGCUUAUUGACGUUGGACUGUGCCAACACAUUACUCCAGAAGAGGCCGUCGUCACACACGACCUGAUGGAGUCCUUUGUUCGGUGGAAGGCAGAUUUUUGUUGUUCCUCUUUGCUACGGAUGAGUAAGACGCAGAAGUUUGUGAACAAGAAGAAGUUUGAGAAGGAGGUGGAAUGGCUCUUUGAACACUGGCGUCCAAAGAAGUCCUCGGAUUUUGCGGUAAGCAAUAUCUUGCAGUCCAUAUUUGAGUGUAUUCGCGAGAACCGCGUUCAAAUGGACCCCCCAUUUGUCUCACUUCUUUUCUCUGUUCUCGUGCUGGAGUCGUUUAUUAUGAACCUCAACCCAGAGUUCAACAUGGUGCGGCACGCCGCUCCGUGGUUAGUGGGCGAGGGCCAUAUAUCGUACGGCCUGGCAAAGAACAUUUUGCUGACGCGACUCGAUGUCUUGAAACAAGACCUCGGCGUCCUGCGCAGCCGUGUGAGAGGCGGCGUGCUCGGUAACUUGGCGCAGAAAGAAAGCAGUCGCAUGAUGACAAGCGAAUGA